CACUGGCUUGCGAAGGUCAGCUGACACAUUAACAAAGAGACAGACACUGAGGUCAGGACAAGCCAGACAGCUUAAAAUCAAACACUGAUUAAUUCUCUCCCUCUUGUUCUCCUUGUUCAUUUAAUGUAAAUAAAGAAAGAAAGAAAAAAAAAGGAAAAGUGCUGCUGCAGGAAUUUAUACAGAACAACAAUUAAACAAAAUGUAAUAUUUACAAACCAAAUAAAACAAAGCAUUGUGUAUGAUGUAACCACACAAAUGAGGAAAUUAAGUAAAUGAAUUAAUAAAACUACUAGCAGGAAAUCUUCUCGCUCGUUUUGUAUGGUUUUGAUACGUAAAAUUCCAUGAGCCAAUCAGAAGCCGCGACAUACUCAUGACGCAUCGAUACAGUCUAAACACGGAAGCGUGAUACGUGGGACGUGGGACGUGGGUGAGGUGGGCGAUUCCAGUCAGAUCUACUGAAACGCAAGCAGAAACUCCUUCACGUAUUAGUAAUUUUAGUCCUUAGCAUGCCAACCUACACAGCGUGACAACAUACAGAAAACUCUUAUUUUAUUCAAAAAUAUAUUUUGUGAGAUAAUGUGCAUGAGGUGCAAUGUGUGAGACUGCUGUUACAGUUGAGUGUGAAAAUUCAAAAUGGCAGAGAUGGAGGACUGUGAAGGGGUGAUUGCCACAGAGCGCUAUGGCUCACAGGAGUCAUGGAAAUACCUGUUGAAGGAUGGGAGGAUGAAGAGACAGAAGGAUGCACUGGACGGCAGACUGGCGGGAAAUUCAAUCUCUGGCGUGUUUAAAAGUGUUUUCCUGCCACAGGGGUAUCCUGAGAGUGUCAGUGAGGAUUACGUACAGUAUCAGCUCUGGGACACUGUGCAGGCAUUUUCUAGCUCUCUGUCUGGCACACUUGCCACUCAGGCUUCACUGAGGGGUGUUGGGGUUGGAAAUCAAGAAGCAACAGUUGCAGCAGCUACAAUAACGUGGCUGCUUAGGGAUGGAACUGGGAUGCUGGGAAGAAUACUUUUUGCUUGGCUCAAAGGGAGCAAGUUAGAUUCUGAAGCCAAAAAAUGGAGGCUCUUCGCUGACAUUCUUAAUGACGUGGCAAUGUUCAUGGAGAUUGCAGCCCCUCAUUUCCCUCCUUUUUUCACUCUAAUCGUCUGCAUUGCUGGGAUAUUUAAGUCCAUUGUAGGAGUCGCUGGUGGAGCAACAAGAGCUGCCUUAACUGUCCAUCAAGCUCGCAGAAACAACAUGGCUGAUAUCUCCGCCAAAGAUGGGAGCCAGGAAACCCUGGUGAACCUGGCAGGACUGCUGGUCAGCCUGGCACUCAUCCCGCUUGUAACAGAUAACCCAUUGUUGACGUUCAUCCUGUUCUUCCUGUUCACUGUUCUCCACCUGUUUGCCAAUUACAAAGCUGUUCGUUCUGUUGUUAUGGAAACCCUUAAUGAGGCUCGCUUGUCCAUAGUCCUCCAUCAGUACCUGCUUCAUGGUCAACUGCUUAGUCCAGUGGAGGCCAAUCAGAAGGAGCCUGUGUUCUUGUCGCUUGGAAGGACAGUUCCCAUAAAGUUGGGUGUGAGGCUUGGAGACAUUGUUCAAGAGCCAGGAGAACUGCAGCUGGCGUUGAAGAACAACAGCAAACCGUAUCUCAUUGGAAUCAAAAAUGGUACUGUGUGUGUGUGUCUGGGAAGCGAUGCUUCUGUGCGUGAUGAAAUCAUGGCAGCAUGUCAGGCCUUGUGUCUUCGUGCUGUGCUGCACGAUGAUUCCUCUCCGAGUGGUGCGCUCAAGCAGCUCUCAAACACUAAGGACCCAUGGGAUUUAGUAUCACAGAGUCAUAAGAUGAUUAAUCAAAUUAUCCAGACAUUCCUAAAAGAGCUGGAUCAAGCAAAGUGGCAAACAGACUGGACACUAUUGGACUGGAACGAGUGGCGUGUGGAAUGGAGCAAAAAGAGAAGCUGAAGCAGAUUUUGAAAGAAAUAGAGGAUGGAUGUUUUGGUUUUGAACUGAUAUUCACUUUGAAACAUCUGUCAGUUUUAAAUGAUUUGAAGAGCUGAACGUGUGCAGAUUUAUGCAAGUGUCUUAAAUAUACCAUACAAAUAAAAACAAAGAGGAGCGAAAUUAGCGAAUCAUGUAUUCCAAGUUGUAUUCCUAUAGUCAACGGUGGGGACUGACUCUAGAGGGUUAUGCUACUGUUUAAAAUUUUGGGGUCAGUAGGGUUUUUUUUUUUAAGAACUAUUCAGCAAGGUUUUAUGAAAUUCAUCAAACGUGACAGUAAAUAUAUUCAUAAUGGUUCAAAAGAUUUCUAUUGUAAAUAAAUGCUGCUCUCUUGAUCUUUCAUCAAAGAAUCCUGAAAAACAUAUUAAGUGGCACAACUGCAUUCAACAGUGAUAAGAAAAGUUUCUUAAGGGAUUUCUGAAGGAUCAUGUGACACUGAAGACUGGAGUGAUGGCUGCUGAAAAUUCA